AUGGAUGAUUCCAAUGGGAGUGCAGCCAAUCCCAGCGGUGUUCAGGGUCAGGUGAUGCCCAUGGAGGAGUGGGACUGUAGCUCAGGAUGUGGGGUGAAGGGGGAGCAGGGGAAGAGAGAGGACAGGCGGCUGGCGGGGGUGUGUGGUCUGGUUAACAGUGGUAACUCCUGCUACAUGAACGCUGUGCUGCAGUGUCUCUUCUCCACUGUGCCGUUGGUGGAACACCUCCUCAGCUCACACAAACGCUCCCAGCUGGCCAAGCGUAACAGUCCUGUAGCGGGGGUGUUUGUGCACCUCCUCCAGGAGGUGUGGCAGGGUCAGGGGGGUACCAGCUUCACCUCCCCAGAGAAGGUGAGGGCCUUGGUCUCCUCCCUGCACCCCCAGUUCAACAACCAAUCACAGCAGGACGCCCAGGAGCUACUCCUCCUCCUGCUCAACGCCCUGCAUGACGACCUCAAGAAUAAGGGGGAGAGGCGUCAGACACGUUCUUCCCAGCGGUUGUGUCUGGGCAGGAAGUCGCUCAGCUCGGCGCCAGCGGCGGGGGAUUCUACGGUGGUGACACGUCUCUUCGAGGGACAACUCAGCUACCAGAUGCUGUGUCUGCGCUGCGACGGACACUCUCACAGCAACCAGGUCUUCACCAUCCUGUCUCUGCCAAUACCACUUGACUCAUACAAGUGCUCCCUACAGGACUGCCUGUCGCUGUUCUUCCAGCAGAGUACGUUGACGUGUGGAGAUCAGAAGUUGUGUCCAGAGUGUGGAGUGAAGAGAGACACAGCUGUCCUCACCAGCAUGACCAAACCACCUGAGAUACUGGUGCUGCACCUCAAACGUUUUGGUUGCCAUGGAAGUGAGAAGAGGAAGUUGAGGACCAACGUGUUGUUCUCAUUGGACAGUUUAGACCUAACCCCCUUCCUGUCCAGCCCCUCAGCCAAUCACACCAGCUACUCUCUCUACGCAGUGGUGAACCACACAGGAGACCUGGACAUGGGUCACUACACGGCCCUGUGCCACAGUCCCCUGUCCAGCAGCUGGCACCACUUUGACGACACGGCCGUGAGCGAGGUCGAGGACUUCUUGGUGCAGUCUCCUAACACCUACAUCCUGCUGUACAGCCGUCAGCCCUUCCACAGGCCCAACAUACCCAGGAUCUGA